AAGAAAAGAAAAGAAGUGAUAUUUAACGAAUCGAAACGAAACGAGCUCCAUAUCUCAAAAACUUGUCUUACCAACCUUCACGAGAGAAUUGCUGAACAUCUCAAUAAGGUCCUGCUUAGAGAGGAUGAGUGGACUAUUUGCCUGCAUGGAUGACCUAUGGUCGGACGGUUUUAUGCCAAAAAGACCCUUGAAAAGGAAAUACAGUGGACAAUUAUCGUCCAAUUACUUCCCUUCCAUCAAUGUGGAAUACCUUGAAAGAGAGUGUUGUGAAGUCAAUAUAUAUUUCGCAGCCCAAGCCAUCAUGGGGGAUUCCUACUCGUCCCAGUCUUCUUACGUUAUAUAUUCACGCCCUAUAUUGUAAGGUUAAGUUGUUUGAAGUAGUGAAGUUACGAUAAAGUCACGCUACAAAUUCAUGAUGGGCUAACAAGUUACGUUUACGUUAUAGUUGUAUAUAGUCACGUUUUGUAUAUAUUUGAAGAUAAAAUCAACGAUAUGGAGUUUCAUUCACGUCUACGCUCUACCGAAGCUAUGUUCAAGGAAUAAUGUCACCCAACGCGGGGCACGGAAUACGACGAAAUCAUGGCCACUGAUACAGAAGGUAACAGUGGACAAUUAAAGAAAUUGUUAGCAAUACGAGGAGGAAAUAGAACCUCCAUUACGAAGCUUGAACGACAAGCCACGGCUCUUCUUGAAGAAUUAAUUAAUGAAAAUGGAGAACAAGUCGAGAAGGUGAUUCGUUUAGAAACGAUACAAAAGUCUCUUCGAGAAAAGCAAACGUAUGUGAACGGACCAAACGAAAAGAUACUGGAAUUAUGUCCAGAAGUUAACAUUGAAAAAGAAAUCGAUGAAACGACGGAGCUGAAUUUCAGAAUCGAUGAAAUUCUGGGAAGAAUUCAAGCUUUUAAAGACGGUCGAUACGCUCAGACCAAUGCAUUCGGAGUUGGGAGUGGAACGAAACAUGUUAUUACGACAACGCCUUCCAGAGAAGCUGAAAACGUUGAACAAGCAACAAACAACGAACAUGGUCUCAAUACAAGCGGGGUUACCAUGGGUUCUGUUGCCAUUCGUCUGCCAAAAAUAACGCUUCCACGAUUUAACGGAAAUAUUACACGUUUCAUGUCCUUUUGGCAGAGUUUCGAGAAUGCCAUAGAUAAAAACGAAAGCAUAACUGCAGUUGAUAAGCUCAACUACUUGGUGAAUUUGUUGGAGGGUCCAGCAUACCGUGCAGUAUCAGGACUCGAACUGACGGAACAAAAUUAUUUAAAUGCGGUGGAAAUUUUAAAGGCGAGGUUUGGCAACAAACAACAAAUAAUCUCGACGCACAUGCAGGCUCUCCUUGGGCUACAAAACUGCUCAAACGAAAACGUGAAGCAAUUGCGCUUCAUUUACGACAGCAUAAAUGUACACGUAAGGGGGCUUGAAGCCCUUGGUAUGAGUUCUGCAAGUUAUGGCAGUUUGUUAGUACCAAUCCUUAUGGCAAGAAUGCCGCGAGAAAUUACAUUGCAUGUCGCCAGAAAGACGACCGAGGAAGUUUGGCCGAUAAAAGAAAUAUUGGAGAUUGUCAGAAAGGAAAUUGAAGGCAGGGAACUGAGCGAUAACAUCAAGCCCGUCGAAAAGAAAUGUGACAAAACUUCAGGAUAUGGACCAAAAUCACCACAAGGCACUACCAAGACAUUUUCAACGAAAGAUGAAAAAGUGCAAGAUUGUGUUUAUUGUGGGCAUGCACACUCUCCGUCAAGCUGCAAAGAAGUCCAGGAAAUAACGGGUAGAAAAAAGAUCCUAUUGGAGACCAAACGAUGUUUUUCCUGCUUGAAAUCUGGACACAUGACAAAAAAGUGUCGGGAAAAUCGAAAUUGCAGAAAAUGUGGCAGAAAUUUUCACCACGAGUCAAUUUGCUACAAAGGAGCAAAACAAACGGAGGAAGAAACAAAAGUAACUACCAGUGUUACAAGAAAACAAGAAGUUUUGCUGCAGACGGCCACUGCGUAUGUUUAUGGGGCAGACAAGGCUCAGAGGAUGAAAAUCAAUGUUUUCUUCGAUAGUGGGAGCCAACGAAACUACAUCUCUGAAAAGUCAGACGAAAACUGAAUCUGGAAGUCGAAAGACAGGAAAACUUAAAUUUGAACACAUUUGGAACUGAGAAAUCAGUACGCAAGAAAUGUGACGUCGUAAAGUUAAAGUUAGAUACAGGAAUAGAUGAGACGCCAAUUUUGAUAAGCGCCAUAGGCUAUCAGUCUAUUUGUUCGCCUAUAAAUACGCGCAUAGACGUAAGCAAGUAUCAGCAUUUGAUAGGCCUUAAUCUAGCGGACAAGAAGCUAAGCGAGCAAAAUAGGCGCAUUGAUUUGCUUAUUGGUAAUGAUUAUUUGUAUGAUGUAAUCAUUGGUGAUGUUAUUAGAGGUACAUCAGGGCCAAUAGCAGUAAGUAGCAAAUUAGGAUGGCUACUUUCGGGAAAAGUACCAGGAUCCUUGGAGCCUAAAACCUAUUCUAAAGUGACUUCUAAUUUGAUUUUAGAUACGUCAGUUGGAAGGCCUAUCGAAGAAAAUGAGGAAAUAACACAAACGCUUCGCGAGUUUUGGAAACAAGAAUCAUCCGGGAUUGACAAGGGGAGUGAACCCACAAAUGAAAACAAACAAGACGAGCAAUUUGAAAUCACCUUUAAUGGUAAAAGGUACCAGAUACGUCAGUUGGAAGGCCUGUCGAAGAAAAUGAGGAAAUAACACAAACGCUUCGCGAGUUUUGGAAACAAGAAUCAUCCGGGAUUGACAAGGGGAGUGAACCCACAAAUGAAGACAAACAAGACGAGCAAUUUGAAAUCACCUUUAAUGGUAAAAGGUACCAGGUAAGCCUUCCUUGGAAGGUUGAUAUAUCUUGCCUUAAUGAUGAUUAUAACUUGGCAUUAAAUCGCUUAAAAUCUUUGCUUUGCCGGUUAAAAGGAAACCCUGAAUUAUUAUCUGAAUAUGAUAACAUUUUCAAAGAGCAAUUAAACAAUGGAAUAAUUGAGCAAGUCCCUGUGGAGGAGGAGAAUCAGGGUAAUCCUCAUUUUAUGAGUCACCAUGGUGUAAUUCGACGAGAUCGUGAAACAACAAAACUUCGUGUUGUUUUUGAUGGAAGUGCGAAAUCGCACAAGGAAGCUUUAUCUCUUAAUGAAUGUUUAGAACUUGGUGAUAAUUACAUGCCGCCAUUAUUCGAUACGUUAUUACGUUUCCGCUCACAUGCCAUUGCUAUAACAGCUGAUAUUCAAAAAAAAAAAAAAGAAAUUGAUGAAAAAGACCGGGAUGCUUUACGUUUUUUGUGGUAUGACGACAUUAGUAAGCCGAACCCAACGGUUAUUCAGUAUAAGUAUUGUAGACUGGUGUUUGGUUUAAGACCAUCGCCAUCUAUACUGGGAGCCACAAUUAAGAAACACAUUGCUCAAUAUGCUAAUCGAUUUCCUCGUGUUGUAAAAGUGUUAGAUAGGCUUUAUGCUGAUGACUUAUCAUGUAGCACAAAUUCUAUUGAUGAGGCCUUAGAGAUUUUCCAUAAGUCACGGGAGAUUUUGUCCGAAGGUGGGUUUAACCUUCGCAAAUUUAAAACUAAUGACACAGCUUUGUUACAUGAAAUCAAAAAGGUGGAAACAGGUAACGUAUACAAGAUGAUCAAUCCUUCGCUCAGCAAACAAUAGGCCCACCUCAAAGGGAAAAUAAUAACAAGGUCCUUGGAGUAAAUUGGGAAAGUAAAAAGGAUGAACUGUUUUUUGAUCUGGGGUCCAUUAUAGAACUAGCAAAAACACUUAAGCCCACAAAACGCUCUCUUUUAAAGUUAGCAGCCAAGAUUUUUGACCCGAUCGGUUGUCUUAGUGUGUAUACCAUCAAUUUGAAAGUGCUCUUUCAGGAACUUUGCGUAGACAAAUGGGGGUGGGAUGAAGAGCUUACAGGAGAAGCAAAGGAAAAAUAUGAUCGUUUCAUUUCGGAAAUAAGUCGUUUAGACGGGAUUCGCAUGCCAAGAUCUUCUAUUGACCCAGGUAAAAUAGUAAGCCAAGUCGAAAUACAUGGGUUUUCAGAUGCCAGCGAGACUGCUUACGCUGGAAUUGUUUAUCUCUGCAUUGUGUACGAUACGGGGGAGGUAAGCAUCAAGUUUGUCACUGCCAAGGCCAGGGUUUGUCCUCUAACAAAACAAAGCAUUCCACGUUUAGAGCUUUUAGGGGCACAGUUACUCGCAAAAUUAAUCAGCACAGUAAAAGGUACUCUUGGGGAGGAGCUUCACGGCACGCCUAUCAAAGUAUUUUUUUGGGUAGAUUCGGUUUGCACUCUUUGCUGGAUAAAGAACAAUAAGGUUUGGAAGCAAUUUGUACGCCAUCGCUUGUCGGAUAAUUUACGAACUUCAAGCCGCGAUGAAUGGUUUUAUUGCCCGGGAUCUCAAAACCCAGCUGAUUUACCGUCAAGCAGAGGCGGAUCUAGGGGGGUGCUAUGGGUGCUUGAGCACCGGUCAGAAUUUUCGGAGAUAUAAUAUUCAAUGCAUUUUCUCUAAUCUCUGAAAAACGUCUUUAAUCCUUUUAGAUGAUGUAAAUGCAUUUUCCAGUAAACUGAUGACAUACGGUCAUGCGUUAGUUAGCAUAACCUGUAUCUGCUUUAAACUAUAAAUAGCUAUAAAUUUCAUGUUGAGCUGCCCUGGAACCAAUUUUUUUACUUGUCCAUCAAACCACACUCUCGGCCAAUGAGCUACUUCAAUUCUACGGGUGCUUGAGCACCCCUAUCAAUCAACCUCUAAGGUCAAAGUUGCAACUGAGCCAAUCACAUCACGCUCUGAUAUGUUUUUCCGCAAUGUCGAGCACCCCUAUCAAUCAAAACAAGGCUUCAACCAAUCCGUUUGCCAAAUUUCGGCUCAUCUGAGCACCCCUAUCAAUCAUUUAAUAUACACUGGCGCAUACCGUCACUGAAACGACUAAACCUGUUCGUGUAGCAGCAAUGGCGGACAUAAAGUCGUUGCUGUUGCAGGUUUUCUCGAUUAUUGGUUGCCAGUCGACUGAGGAAAUUGAAACGGAAAACGAGCUUUUGAGUAUUCAGUCAAUCAUGAGAGAAGCUUUUGAUAAGAGCGUGGUGGAUGGUGUCGUGACUUGUGGGAAUACACAGAUCGAUGAGUUCGCUGAACUGCAAAUGCCAAAGGUUCAAGUACUGUCCCGUGAAAGUUCUGACCUUCGGCCUUUCAGGUUGGUAGUUUCCUUUACCAGGCUUUAAAUGCGAAACGUUUUAACAGAAUAUUUCUUGAAUUAAUUCGACAAAAAUAUCGAAUUUUACAGAGAAAAAUGCGCACCCCCAAAAAAGUGGUGCCAAGGAUUUUUGGUUGUUGGGGUGGUAUGGUAAUUACUACCAGAAUGAAUUCGAUACCCAUUUCUUGCCAAAUGCAGAUGACCCCAAAAAUGUACUACUUCAACACAAGGUACUUAGUAAAACAAUCAAUUUUUAUAAACAAAUUCUUACAAGUAUUGAUUUAAAGGCAUUGAGUCAUAGUAAAUAGGCCUUCUCUAUAGGGGGUCAUUUGGAUUCGGCGUGAUCGCUGCUGUUUCAUGUGACACUUGCAUCCGUUGUUGACAACUUGCUAUUGAUGGAAAUUGUUUUGUUAAUCAGUACGAGGUGAGUUCAUGUGACCGGUUCAAGGUCAACCAAUAGCAUGGCAUUCAUGAAAAUCAUGACUCGGCGGAUUCUGGCACUUAGGGUAUACCCAAUCCAUUUUAUCAUGACUCAAUUAUAUUUAACUCAAUUUUCGUAUAGUAAUGGUCAGUUAACGUAGCAAUGAUUCAUUUUGCUCUUUUUUGUUUGAAACAUUUUAGCUGCCUUUUUACAAAAAUGAACCAGUCUCUGGAUAUUGCAGAGCAAUCAAAUAUUGACUUACGACCUAAAAUGUCAUUCAUUGAUUAAUGUGAUGUACAAACUGCGAAGGUAGCAGUGUUAGUUUUAACUAGCAUUGCUAGCAAAUAGGCUAUAGGCUUCUAACAAAAGAGAUAAUUUUUUAUAUAGUUAUGCUUUAAUACCUGAAUUUAAAAAAGAUUAAUUUUUAUCAAGAUGGGUGUUGCCUUCAUUUAACCGUAAGUAAAAGUGGGGUGUGGCAUUAUUAUGGCUAUUAAGGCAACGCCCUUAAGCACCCCUCAGAUUUUCCGCUGGAUCCGCCUCUGCGUCAAGGGGUAUAUUUGGUCGCAAGUUAGAGCAAAAUUUUUUUUUGGUGGGAGGGUCCGGGGUUUCUAAAACAGCCUCCCACAAAAUGGCCUAAGCAAGAAGAUAUUUUCGAAUCCGGUUCCGCUUUAGAGGAAAGAGUAAAAUGUAGCCCCAAUAUCACGCAUGCUUUAGCAACUAAGGCAAAAGUUGGCAACGUUGUAGAUUUUGAAAGGUUUGGUUCUUACCGAAAAUGUGUCCGUAUAUUAGCAUGGGUACUUCGUUAUAUACAUAGUUUACGCGCAUCGUUAAAAAACAAUGCUUGUCAACGAGAAAAUCAGAUAAAUAUAGAAGAAUUUGCUAACGCAGAAAAUGUUCUUAUACGCUCAAUUCAAGGUGAAUUCUUUUGUAAGGAAAUUGUUUAUUUACAAUCAAAAGGGGACAAAAAACCCCCUUUGUACUUUUCGCAAUUUCAGCUCUUCGUAGACGAAAAGGGCAUUUUGAGGUGUCAAAGUCGUAUAAAAAAUGCAUCCGUCAUAGAGUCAAGCAUAAGACCAAUCUUAUUACCGAAGUUUCAUCAGGUUUCCAAAUUGCUUGUUCUCUAUUGCCACGAAAAAGUCAUGCACGAUGGAAUAAGGGAAACGUUAAAUCUUUUACGACAAAAGUAUUGGAUUCCUCGUGCAAGGGAAUUAAUUAAAAGUAUUGUACGCAAAUGUAUCACAUGUAGGAAAUUAGAAGGUUUGCCAUAUUCUACUGUAUUUUGUCCAGACUUGCCACGAAUGAGGGUCGAUGAUCAGCCCCCAUUUGCAAAUACAGGGCUAGAUUUUGCAGGUCCAUUGACAGUUGCCAGUAAAGGUAACAAUGAUGGCGAAGAGAAGUUUUAUGUCUGUCUUUUUACUUGUAUGUCGACAAGAGCUUGUAGAAUCGCUCAAUGUCGAGUCAUUUUUACGAGCGUUUCGAAGAUUCACAGCACGUAGAGGUUUACCGUCUCUAUUGGUAAGUGACAACGCUAAGACCUUUAAGUCAGCUUCAAAGGAUGUAAAACAUCUUUUGCGUUCCCCUAGGUUAGGUGAAAGUCUUGAAAAGAAAGGAGUUAAGUGGCAAUUCAUAGUUGAUAGAAGCCCAUGGCAAGGAGGUGCUUGGGAAAGGUUAAUAAGGAGCGUAAAACGUUGUCUAAAAAAGGUAAUAGGUCGGUCAUACCUAACGCAAAUAGAAUUAAAUACCAUCUUGAUUGAGGUCGAAGCAGUAAUCAACUCUAGGCCAAUAACUUAUGCAUAUGAUGACACUGACGGUAUUUCAUAUCCAUUGACACCGUGUCAAUUAAUUAAUGGAAGAAAUCUAUCACUUUUGCCCCAAGACAGGUACUAUGAAAUGCUAAGUACAUACGAGGCUCUGUCAAAACGAGCCAAGUAUCAUAAGACUCUACUUCAACAAUUCACGAAGAGAUGGAAGAAGGAAUAUUUAACAGGUAUUAUGGAAGCCUAUAGACCGAAAGACAAACGGGAAGAGCCAGUCAUAUCGGUUGGAUAUAUAGUUCUUUUAAAGGAUGACGAUAAAAAACGCACUUUUUGAAAAUUAUGUAAAAUUCUUGAGUUGAUUGUAGGUACAGAUGGAAGAGUAAGAUCAGCAAAGAUCCAGAUAGCAGGUGAAAGGAGUAAGGGUAAAGUAUUUAGACGUCCCUUGAAAUUACUUGUACCUUUAGAAAUUGCAUGUAAGGAACCUAACACAGAAGCAAAUCAAGUCAACGCACCUAUAGCGCCUGCGCAGCCAGCAGAUAGAACUAUUACGCGAUCUAAGCGCGCAGCUGCAAAGUUAGGAGAGUUUCUUAGAAAAGACAAUAUGUAAAUAUUUCAAUAUGUAUACGCUUACAGUUUCAGCUUGCUUAAAGAAAAAUGUUCUUACGUUUGUUGAUGAAUAAUGAUUGAUUAAUAUGUAUUAUUGUAAAUUGAGUGCAGGCAACUCAAUCGGGGGAGUAUGUUGUGAAGUCAAUAUAUAUUUCGCAGCCCAAGCCAUCAUGGGGGAUUCCUACUCGUCCCAGUCUUCUUACGUUAUAUAUUCACGCCCUAUAUUGUAAGGUUAAGUUGUUUGAAGUAGUGAAGUUACGAUAAAGUCACGCUACAAAUUCAUGAUGGGCUAACAAGUUACGUUUACGUUAUAGUUGUAUAUAGUCACGUUUUGUAUAUAUUUAAAGAUAAAAUCAACGAUUUGGAGUUUCAUUCACGUCUACGCUCUACCGAAGCUAUGUUCAAAAUAGAGAGAAUCUACUACCAGAUGAACAAAAAGGGUGUAAACGCAAAUGUCGGGGGACGAAAGAUCAACUGCUGAUUGACAAAACAAUAUUGAAAGAUUGUCGAAAGAGGCACACGAUUCUUGCUAUGCUAUGGCAUGGGUGGACUACAAGAAAGCUUAUGAUUCUGUCCCCCAUUCUUGGAUAAAAGAGUGCAUGAAAAUUUUGGAGUUACUGAAAAUGUGAGAAAAUUUUUGGAGACGAGUAUGGCUAGCUGGAAACUAUCAUUUACGUCAAAUGGAGAGGACCUUGGGGAUGUUCAUGUUAAAUGGGGAAUCUUUCAAGGGGACAGUUAAUCACCACUAUUAUUUGCAGUGAGUAUGAUCCCGAUGACGAUAAUACCAGUCGAAGUAAAAUCAGGGUAUGACUAGGGAAAGAGCAAUUCAGCUCAAAUCAUCUGCUCUUCAUGGACAACUUAAAGCCCUAUGCCAAAAAUGAAGAACGGAUUGAUUUGUUAGUGCGGACAGUACAUAUAUUCAGCACUGAUAUUGGAAUGGAACGGGAUUAAGAAAUAUGAUGUUCUUAUAUAUUAAAUAGAGGAAAAAUAAUUAGAAGUUAAGGAAUAGAAAUCCCAAAUGGUGAUGAAAUUAAGGAAGUGGGGGAGAAAAGCUACACAUAACUAGGUAUAGUUAAGCUUAACAAGAAAAAGAAGAUUAGAUGAAGAACAGGAUAGUAAAGGAGUAUAAACGAGGGUUGAGAUUAAUCCUAAAAUCAAAACUGAAUGGUAAAAACAAAGUAAUAGCGAUUAAUACGUGGGCACUGGGCAGUGGCAAUAUUCAGAUACAGUGUUGGGAUAUUAGAGUGGAAAAGCAGCGAUUGAAGAAGAUUGAUAGAAAAUCGAAAAAAACCAUGACUAUGUACGGAGCAUUUCACCCCAAAAAGCGACGUUGACAGGCUGUACAUGAAGAAAAAAGAAGGGGUUAGAGGAUUUAGCAAUGUCGAACUGGUAGUUAAGGGAGAAGAGAACAAGUUAGGUAAGUAUGUUCUGAAUUCCAGAGAGCAGUUGCUUAGAGGAGUUUGUGCUAAAGGGACAAUUUGCACUGAUAGUACCAUGCCAAACAAUGAAUUCAAAGAGCAAGUGGCUGAUGAUCUUAAGAAUAAAUGGAUGAGAAAGAAUAGAUACGGUCAGUUUAUAAGGGAAAUGCCAUGCAAAGUCGAUAAGGAGAAAACGUGGCAAUGGCUUAAAAGUUCAGACAGAGGCUUUAUUGUGUACACACAAGAACAGGCAAUACAGAAUAAUUACGUAAAGCAUCAUAGCAGGGGCGCUAUGGCUAGACGGGGCACUCUCUCAAAUUAGUUUGUAAAACCCAGGAAAUUUUUUCAUGUGA